CAUUUAUUUGUACUUCCGAGAUGAAAAGUUUUCAAGUCUGAGGAACAUGGCAGCGAGCAGGCUCGCUUGCCUUGUUCUUUUCUCAAGUGCAUCUUUGUCUGUGAUAAAUUGCGACGGGCCGCACAUCUUCAGUAACCACUUUGUUGCAGAAAUCGAAGGCGGCGAUGAGCAGGCCCGAAAAAUGGCCUUCCAUUACGAUCUCAGACUGAUGAACACGGAUUUGUUUCCGAAUUUCUAUCAUUUCGUUGAUCACAAGCAGCCGAAAUUUAACAGAUUGCCAUCUUGGAGAACAACCCGAAAUCUCAGAUCUCACCACAAGGUGAAAUACGUGGAGCAGCAAGUUUUCAGGCACAGGAGCUUGCGCCGGCUCGAAAUAAUGCCAUUUGAGGAUCUUUAUUUCAGUGAUCCGUACUACGAAAGGUUGUGGUACCUGCACGGGCGUGGUUUGCACAAAGAUGGGAAGAUUGCUCAGAAUAUCAAUGUGGAGCCUGUGUGGGAAAAGGGCAUCACAGGUCAUGGAGUGACCUUAUUUGUUCUGGACGACGGUCUGCAGGCGCGAAAUAAGGAAAUCGCUCAAAAUUACGAGAAGACGAACAGUUGGGACGUGAGUGACAUAAACCACCCCAUGCCGUCACCUGCACCCAGAAACCCGUCGGAUUCGCACGGAACCUUUUGUGCGGGGGCUUUGGCCGCCGUGGCGAACAACUCAGUUUGCGGAGCCGGCGUUGCUUUUGGCGCCAGAGUUGGAGGAAUCCGAGUUUUGGGCAAAAGGGUGCUGACCGACGUGCAGGAGUCGCUCGCUCUGCGCCUCUGGUUGGGCAACGGCGACAUCGCGAGCGCCUCUUGGGGUCCCAGGGACAACGGAAAAACCGUCGAGGGCCCCAAACGCCUCGCCAGAAAAGCACUGAGAGAUGCUGUGAUCAAAGGUCGUCGUGGAAAGGGUGCGAUUUUUGUUUGGGCCGCUGGAAAUGGGGCGAUUUCAAAGGACAACGCAAAUUUAGAUGGGUACGCAUCCAGUAUUUACACGAUUACGAUUGGCGCCCUUUCUUAUAAUGGGGACGCUUGUGUUUAUUCCGAGCCAGGCGCCUCAGUGAUGACGAGCAUCGCAGUAUCAGGGAAAGGAAUGGGAUUCAUUGGUGUUUCAGUCGUUGUGCCAAAUUUGGAUGGAACCUGCAAACAAGAUUUCCAAGGCACUUCAGCCGCGGCACCGAUCGCUGCAGGCAUCGUUGCCUUGAUGCUCGAGGAAAACCCUGACCUGACUUGGCGUGACGUGCAGCACCUGAUAGUGCUAUCGGCGCAAAGGUCGGGCACUCGCAGCGAUUGGCGAAAAAACGGCGCCGGACUGGAAUACAAUUUGCGUCAGGGUUUCGGCGCAAUGGACGCCACGAAGCUCGUGACCUCUGCCCGAAAUUGGAAAAACGUCGGCCAGCAAGAAAUUGAAACUGCCAGCUUCGGAAAACUUUAUUUACCUGUCGUAUUUCACCCGUUGAGCAAUAAAACUUUCGAAAUCGAAGUGGCAAGAAGUUCCAAAAUCAAUCGACUGGAACACGUGAUUUUGUUUUUGACCGUGCAGCAUGGAGAUCGCGGCACCCUCGAGAUCUUCCUUACCUCACCCUCUGGAACUGAUUCUCAAUUAUUGACAAGACGGAAGUACGAUAAGAGCGACAAAGGGUUUUCCAAUUGGCCAUUUAUGAGCGUCCACUUUUGGAAUGAAAACCCGGCAGGAACAUGGAAAGUGACUAUGAGCAAUUUUGGUGGUGGCAGUGGACAAGUGCUAAGCGCAAAUCUGAUUCUAUAUGGUCAUUGGGUUGAAUCUGAUCAUUAAAAAGGUUUUUAAAUUAAAUUUAGAUUAGUUAGAAAAAAAUCUAUUUUUUUUUAAUUCGCUCAAAAAUGAAUUCUCACAUUGGAUCUUUUGUGUCACUUCAAAAUAGUUUUUUUUUUUAAUUAUUAAUUUCAGUCAAAUCAAGUCUUUAAAACAUUUAUUGGAAGGCCAUGCGAGAUUAUAGGAAAUUCGGCCAUUAUUUUUGUAAAGACUUAAUUUGACUGUCCGUAAAAAGCGAAUUUUUUCCAUUUUUUUAAUUUUUAACUGAAAUUUGAGUCUGAAAAAGUCGCCUCUUUAUUAGAGGAAAAACUGAUUUUUUAACUAAAAAAUAAAAAAAAUGAAAUCGGAAAAAGCAAUUCCACAUAAUAACUCAAAAUGAAACAGAUCUCAUUAAACAUUAUUUGUUUAUAAAAAAUUUGUAAUAUUAAA